GUACUUAGACCACGCCUCCUUCGAGCUGACAGCAUUGAGUGAAGCUUGAGGAAAGGCACAAACCGAGCGAACGAACGAAGACCAACAGCCAUGAGAUUAGCCUGGAGAUUCCUUGGCGCGCCCUCCUAAAAUCUGAAUUGUUCCUGCGCGCAACUCGAUUCUCGGUUCAUUGUUCCUUCUGUUCCUUGGCAACUGUCUUCUGGUCUAGCCGGUGUGCAGCAUGUGCGUGGAUAGCGAUGGCUGUGAGAUUGAGGGCUGCAGCAGCUCGGACGAGGUACACACGCUGUCUGGGACAAUGAGCCCAGGAAUGAAAUCGAGUCCGGACCUGCAUCCUUGCAAACCGGGACAUAAGUUCAGGGCAGCUCUUCUGGGCUGCAGGACUCCGGCGGCGGCGGCGGGAAUACUCAGUUUUGGCAACGUCCUCAACUACAUGGACAGAUACACCGUGGCAGGUGUUCUGCUUGACAUCCAACAGCAUUUCGAAGUGAAUGACAGUGAUGCCGGCUUGCUGCAGACAGUCUUUAUCUGCAGUUUCAUGGUGGCAGCUCCCAUCUUUGGCUACCUAGGUGACCGCUUUAACAGGAAGAUCAUCCUGAGUUGUGGAAUUUUCUUUUGGGCCACUGUCACUUUAUCCAGCUCCUUCAUCACAAAAGAGUACUAUUGGGCAUUUGUUCUGUCAAGAGGCCUGGUUGGUAUUGGAGAGUCCAGCUACUCAUCUAUUGCCCCGACUAUCAUUGGAGACCUAUUCACCAACAAUACCAGGACAAUGAUGCUGUCCAUCUUUUACUUUGCCAUCCCCCUGGGCAGCGGUCUUGGCUAUAUCCUGGGUUCAAGUGCUAAACAGGCAGCUGGAGACUGGCAUUGGGCUCUAAGGGUUUCUCCACUGCUGGGCAUGACAGCUGGGAUUCUCAUUCUGCUCUUUGUCCCUGAACCAAAAAGAGGUAAUGCUGACCAGCCAGGUGGAAGGCUGAAGACUAGAACAUCCUGGACAUGUGACAUGAAGGCUCUUGCAAAAAACCGCAGUUAUGUCUUCUCAUCUCUGGCAUCUGCGGCAGUAUCAUUUGCAACCGGUGCCUUUGGAAUGUGGAUCCCUCUGUAUCUUUUCAGGGCCCAAGUGGUACAGAAAACAGAAAAGCCCUGCAAUAAGGAGCUGUGCAGCAUCAAAGACAGUCUGAUAUUUGGAGUCAUUACCUGUGUGACUGGGUUCCUCGGUGUGAUCAUUGGGGCAGCUGCUACACGAUUAUGCCGCCUCAAGACACAGCGUGCGGACCCUUUGGUCUGUGCUAUAAGCAUGCUGGGUUCGUCCAUCUUUAUCUGCCUCAUCUUUGUUGCUGCCAAAAACUCCAUUGUGGGUGCCUAUAUUUGUAUUUUUAUUGGGGAGACUCUACUCUUUUUAAACUGGGCAAUCACAGCAGAUAUUUUAAUGUAUGUGGUGAUACCAACUCGCCGUGCCACUGCUGUGGCUCUUCAGAGCUUUACGUCACAUAUCUUGGGAGAUGCAGGCAGCCCCUACCUGAUCGGACUGAUCUCAGAUGCCAUUCGAAAAAGAAACUCUGAUUCCAUAUUGUGGGAGUUCCUCAGCCUAGGCUAUGCCCUGAUGCUGUGCCCUUUCGUCAUUGUAUUAGGAGGAAUGUUCUUUCUAGCUACAGCACUUUUCUUCCUAGAUGACCGAGACAAGGCAGAAAAACAGCUGAAUCAUCUUUCCAUCUCACCCUCUUCCAUGAAGGUCUGAAAAGGUAUACUGACUACAACAUGAAGCCAGAAAGACUCAAGGGAAGACAACCAUCUGGACGCUAAACUGUGUUUUCCAGUGACUGGCCUUGAACAACUGGGAAAGUGUACUUCCUGACCAUUCCAAAGAGUCUAGUCCACUACGGCAUGGCCGCAAUUGUGAACUUGACUACCUUAUACUACUGAAGGAAGCACAGUGCCAGAGACAUGGCCUGCUCUGAGAAAACCAUGUGUUCAAGGUGACAAGGAUCUCAUUUCCCAAUGAACACUUCUGUGGCAUCAUGAAGAUACUUGGCCAAAGAGCCCACCUCCCAUGCCCAAAUGGGGCCACUAUCCCAAGCACUUCCUCUCUUCUAACGCUUUAUGUAAUAAGCUACAUGAUGUACAUUGUUGUGCUUCUACCUGAAGAUGAGGCCCUCUUUGUUUUUAGAGUGAUAAUUUGCACCUUAUGUUUUUGCACGCUCAGCUAGUAGCUUCUAUCAGACCUUUUCCUCAGUUCUCCCCCAUGUUAUUUACAAUGCUUGCGUGUCAAAGACUGGUGGGCCUCAGGCAGACUGUCACAAAAGGAAGCCUCACCUAUUCCAGUAACCUUACCAGGCCGGGGUUCCGAAGCAGGCAUCUACUUUGUACUUAGAAGUUGUACGUUUGCCUUCCUUAGCAUUGGAGACACCUUUUGUUUAGAUAAGACUGCCACACACCUGCAUCUUAUUUUGCCCACAGCUGUACCGUACUGGACUGGUCACUCUAUCCAAGCUGUACUGUUCUAUAAGAUUAGGAAAGUGUUUAACAAAUACUGUUCAGGCAGAAACCUUAAAUGUUUCAAUGACCAGAAGAACAAAAUGACCACCGGCUGAACUGAGGGAUCUGGCAAGGCAGUGGAUUUGUCCAAAUUGAGCUGUCAUAAAAUUCACUCAGAAAAGCUUAAUUCAAUGGGUGGGGGAGAGGUUGGUUGGUUUCAAGAGUACUGCAUUCUGAAAUCUGGGCAUCCAGACAGGUGUCCAGAAGACCCUGGGAGCCUCCCUGCCUUGCCUGCCAAGCACUCUGAGCCUCAUUGUAUCAGACAACUGCUUCUUGUCAUUCAACGUGUCAGCAAAGCUGCAUUGUGCUUCUUGUCAUACAAGAAUUCUGUAAAAAGUAUUUUUUUUUCUGCGCAGUCAGAAAAGAGAGACAAUUUUAUUUUUCCGAACUACCUUGAAUAAAAUAGAAGGCAAUUGUUUUGCUCCACUUGGAGCUGAAGGAGCAACUGAUGCUUGAUAUGUAAAUUAUGAAAUAAAACUUAUUUAAUCCA